AUGAAUAAUAAUUCUGAACAAGUCGAUUCACUCAAACGUGAAGUUGAAUUAAUGCGUGAACGUUAUUUGAAAUUAGUUGACGUACAUGGACAAUUACAAGUGCACAAUAGUUUAUUAGAAGAACGAGUCCUAUCAAUUGUUGACACAUAUUCAAAUGAAAAAACUCAAUUAGAACAAUCAUUAAAUGAUGCUAAACAACAUAUUUCAUUUCUACAACAAACCGUUAAUGAAUUACAAAUUGAUAAACAACGAUAUAAAGAUGAUUGCAAUUUAGCUGUUCGACUUUUGCAUCGACAUCCAAAUGAAUUUAUUUCAACGCAAUCAGGACAACUUCAGGAACAAAUAAAAAACAGAUUUGAUUCGACAGCCUCAAAUCAAUCUACUAUAUUGGAACGAAGUGUCUUAAUACCAACAUUCCCACCAACCAUUGUUGCACCGCCUAGAUUUCUAACUACGAUGCCUGUUACUUCAUCCAACAAUACACAAAAUAUGUCCUCAAUUUCAACAACUAAUGAAGGUCUUCGCUUCGCUGCUGAAGCACUCUUCAAAUCGAAUAGUGUUCAUCGUUAUCCGUCGAAUCAAUUUACAUGUUCAGAUUGUCAUCGAAUAGUUAAAGUUUGUGAUGUUAGUGUACAAGCAUCUCUAGAUAACAAAAUAGAUGAGAAUACAGCAUCUCGAUUACGUCUUAUAUCACUAACUUCAUCCGACGAUGGUCUUACCGGUGAUGAUGCAUGGUUUUCAUUUGAUUCUCAUUUGAACGGUCAAGAAAAACAUACAAAUCAUCCAAUACAAGUGCUGAAAGAUGAAACAUAUGAUGGAUUAUUGAAAUGUACGUUGCCUAAAAUGCAUCAUGUUUGA